AUGGCAGAUGUUUUCGUCCUUCAUUUGGUCCAAGGCUCUGAUCUUAAGGACACAGGGGUGAUGACUCGUGUUGGGGUCCGUUUCGUCAUUGAACCAUCAGUUGUUCUGUAUCUAUCUUUAUGGGAAGAUGUUGUGUCAAUGUUUAGAGGUGGUGUCAUCAACUCAGGUGAUAAAACUAAGACUGUCAUGUUGGUCACUACUGUGAAUCCCAAAAUCUUUGGAGAACAACAUGAAGCGGAGUUCAUCUGCAAGGCUCGGUUUGUUGAGGUGUUGCAGCAAAAUGGCUGGUCCUAUGUCUGUUACACUACCUGCAGCAAGAAGCUACACAGAUCUGGCCCAUCGCUAUAUUGCAACCAAUGUGUGGAUCGGAAUGUCACUGGUGAUGUAAAGUAA